AGGGGCUGUGGUCCUUCUUCUUUGCUUGGUGGAGCCGGAGCUGAUGCUGCUCUUGCAGGCCCAAAGAGAGAGAGAGAGAAAGAGAGAGCGGGUGUUCCUUCCCGUUUUAGAUCACCAGAGGCCGGUGAUGACAUUAAGGGAUUUAUUUUGAACAUAUGUUGCAAACAUGGCUGUCUCUCUUAUUAUAAAAUGGGGUGGUCAAGAAUUUUUGAUAACCACCUUGUCGGAAGAGGAUACAGUGCUGGAUCUGAAGCAGUCUCUCAAAGGACUCACUGGGGUACUACCAGAGCGCCAAAAGCUUCUUGGACUUAAAGUGAAAGGCAAACCAGCAGAGAAUGAUGUAAAACUUGGAUCAUUAAAACUAAAACCUAAUACUAAAAUUAUGAUGAUGGGGACUCGUGAGGAAAGCUUGGAAGAUGUCCUUGGGCCACCUCCUGAUAAUGAAGAUGUUGUUAAUGAUUUUGAUAUUGAAGAGGAAGUUGUUGAAGUAGAGAACAGGGAAGAAAAUCUACUAAAAAUAUCCCGUAGAGUUAAGGAGUACAAAGUGGAAAUAUUGAAUCCGCCACGAGAAGGGAAGAAAUUGUUGGUUCUGGAUGUUGAUUACACACUAUUUGACCACAGGUCAUGUGCAGAAACUGGGGUUGAGCUGAUGAGGCCAUACCUUCAUGAGUUCCUGACAUCUGCUUAUGAAGAUUAUGACAUAGUUAUUUGGUCUGCUACUAAUAUGAAGUGGAUUGAAGCUAAAAUGAAAGAGCUGGGAGUGAGCACCAAUGCAAACUACAAGAUCACCUUUAUGUUGGACAGUGCUGCCAUGAUAACUGUGCAUACUCCAAGACGAGGAUUAAUUGAUGUGAAACCUCUUGGGGUCAUAUGGGGCAAAUUUUCAGAAUACUACAACAAGAAAAAUACUAUUAUGUUUGAUGACAUUGGACGGAAUUUUCUGAUGAACCCCCAAAAUGGACUAAAGAUAAAACCCUUCAUGAAAGCACAUUUAAACAGAGAUAAAGAUAAAGAGCUUUUAAAACUUACUCAGUAUCUCAAGGAAAUAGCAAAAUUAGAUAACUUUUUGGAGCUGAACCACAAACAUUGGGAAAGGUACCUUUCAAAGAAGCAAGGACAAUAGCUUUAAUUUGUGACAUGGAAACCAAACAGAACAUAGAGACCCUCUGACCUCUCCUCUUGUCUAAUCUAGAAUAAAGUAGUGCUGGACACUGACUUAAAGAGCAGAACGACUGCUUAUACCUGGUCUUCCCUUUGGUUUGCUCUAGUUCUGCGUGUAUCUCUCUCUCUCUCUCUCUCUCUCUCCCUCUCUCUCCUUCCCCCUCUUUUUUGAAGACCAGCACUGACAGCAGAAUGGAAGACUGGCUCGUCUUUCUUGCAUUUAUUUCGGAUGUUAUCAUUUAGAACCAUGUCACUUUUACUGCUUCUGUAGUAUUCUCCAAGUUUUAAGAGGCCAUGUUUUUCUGAAACGGAGGAGGGGGAUGGAACAAAUGUCAGACCAAAAAGAAAAAGAAAAGAAAAAAACACUUCCAAACAGAGAUGUUUAUUUUGAAGCUACUUUUGGCAUUCUCCGUUCUUGGAACAAUUUCCUUUUCCUGUUAUGGUAUUUAAAUCUAUGAAUUAUAAGCUGUCUAAUUAUGUAUUAAUAUGUGAAGUUGUUUCCUUUGUGCAAGACAGUUUUAAGGAAGGCAAACACCACUAGAGGGCAAAGGUGCCUUUAUGUGUAGAUCUCGUCUGUGAAACUGUUAGGAGAGGAGGAAGAAUAAUAAAAAAAAAACUUUAAUGUCUGGUUGAAAAGUAUUCUUUUCUUCUUAAUAAAAAAUAUUUCUAACCAGAGGAAAAGUUUAUCCCUGAAGAGAGCUAAAGACUGAAAGAGCUCAAAGCACGAAAUUAGUUAUACUUUGUCAGGAUACAAGCUCCCUUGAUCGCAGUACUCAGCCACAGCUGUUCUAAAGUAUCACGCAACUUUAACCUACACUGUGAAAGUGUGAUGUGCUUACUGUCUUGCAUUGCUGGCAGUCCCUCAUCAUCCCAUUCUUGCAUUUGAAAGGCAGCCUUUCAAAUCCAGGUAGUUUGUAUUGUUCUUAAGGAACUAUAGAGGCUGCGCCAAGAAUAAUAAAAAAAAUGCUGUUUCUUAAAAAC